AAAAGUAUCAAGAUGGUGCUAGAUUUUGUGCUGCCAGAAGUACAUGAUAACGAGGAUGGAUCAUGGGGUCCCUCGACUUCUACCCUCCCAGCACAGUUUAAAGACAUCCCAUACGCCCCAUUCUCAAAAUCUGACAGGAUCACCCGUAUCGCCGACUGGCAUGAACCUGCACCUGAAGGUGCACCCGGACGUCGCAACUACAACACGAACACUCGUCGUCCUGGUCGUGAAGCCUUCGGAGCCUCUGAAGCCAACGCAUUUGGGUAUAUUCAUGAUGACGACGACAAGUCUUUCUCCCUCGUUGACAGCGGUAGCAGGCCGUCUACGAGGGGAAGAGGUAUGAUGCGUGGUGGUCGAGGUGGUCGUGGGUUCACGAUUGGAAGGGGGAGAGGUGGUAGGGGUGGGGUCUAUCCAUCUAGGGGUGGGUUUGGUGGUCGUGGUCGUGGCCGUGGAGGGUAUGGGGAUUGGAACAAGCCCCAACGUAUCAGAGACUCCAGUGUUAUGAUCGGAAGUGAAUGGCGGCUUUUGGAAGAGAUUGACUUCACUCGAUUAGCAAAACUCAAUCUCAGCGUCGAUGCCCCGGAAGAUCUUGGAGCACAUGGGACUUUGAUGCCUUAUGAUAAAUCUUAUGACAGGGCGAACACCCGUAAUGAAAAACCAUUGGAAGUAGUGGAUAAGCUCAAAUACAAUAUCUCCACUUCGGACGAUCCUAUCAUUGCCGACAUGUCGGCUAAGAAAGUCGCUCGAAUCUUCGCCACAGACUCCAUCCUCGCAGUUCUCAUGUGUGCGUCUCGUUCUGUCAACUCUUGGGAUAUCAUCCUCGACCGUCGUGGCGAUCAACUUUUCUUCGAUAAACGUCCUAAUGGUCCAUUCGACUAUAUAACAGUAAACGAACACGCUUUAGAUUCUCUACCUGAAGAUGAUGAUGAUCCGUCCAAUAUCAACUCACCCUCAUCUCUCUCGCUCGAAGCCACAUACAUCAAUCAAAACUUCGCUAAUCAGGUCAUCGCAGAAGGCAAAAGUUGGACACCCUCGCCAAAUCCGUUCUACUCUCCAGAGGAAGAGACGGAACCUUUGGCGUCGUGUUUGUACAGAUACAGGAAAUUUGACCUGUCCGUUGCUGAGGACGAAGAGUUUGAGGUGGUCGUUAGGACAGAGGUAGAUGCGUAUUUGGACAAGAAAGAUCAUUUGAUCACUAUCAAGGCGUUGAACGAAUUUGAUCCGAGGGUCAGUAGCGGUGCUAAAGCAUUGGAUUGGAGGAAACAUCUUGACACGCAAAGAGGAGCUAUCUUAGCUACGGAGAUCAAGAACAAUAAUGCCAAGUUGGCCAGGUGGUCGGUGCAGGGUAUCCUGGCAGGUGCCGAGCAGAUGAAGAUGGGCUACAUCGCCCGUGCCAACACCCGUGAUGCCACGAGACACGUCAUUGUCGGUGUACAAUCAUACAAACCGCGAGACUUUGCAGGACAGAUGAAUAUCUCUUUGUCUAACGGAUGGGGUAUCGUACGUACCAUCGCGGAUCUAGCUCUGAAACAGCCAGAGGGCAAGUAUGUUUUGGUCAAAGAUCCCAACAAUCCCAUUCUGCGAUUAUAUUCUGUGCCCCAGAACGCUUUCGAUCUCAUCGAGGAGGAUACCAUCCCGGAGGAAGAAGAGGAAGAAGAAUAAGUCUUCGUCUUUGCUCAGUGAUCGAGAAUAUGCAAAUAUGCUUGGUGUCUAUUUG